UUGCAGGCAGAGAUUAUACAAAAUUUUAUAUUUAUUUUCAUAGUAAUUUGUAGUUUCAAACUAGAAAACAAAGUAAUGUCCAUUCCGGUGAUAAAGGCGGGCCUUUCGCUGCGCAGCUUCUACAUCUUCAACUCGAGCUUCGGCCCGAAGGAGGGCGAGGAGGAAAAGAAGAUUCUGUUUUACCACCCCCAGGAAACGGAUAUUGACUCCAAGAUCAAGGAUGUUGGCCUCAGCGAGGCGAUCGUCAAGUUUAGCAACACAUUCACCAACGACGAGAGCGUCCAGGCGAUGCAUACUCAGAAGACGUGCCAGCUGUACUACCAGCCGGAACCGGGCUAUUGGAUGAUUAUGGUGCUGAAUGUGCCCUUUGAGCGGAAAACGCGCGAAACGGGCGAUUACAACGAGUACCAUGGGGAUGAUAUCCACGAUACGAUCUACCAGGCGGUUCUUCGGCAGUCCUACAAGAUGUUCCGGCUGUUUCUGGGGACGUUUGAGAGCAACUUGAAGCCGGGCGAGGAUCUGGAUGCCGUGGCAAACCUCAUCGGGAAGCUGGAGGAGUUUUACGGAAAGUACAUUUUGCUCUUGAAGUUGAAGGAUUGCGAUGUUUUGGACGCGUUUGGGAGUGUCCAGUACCUUCCACUGAACCAGCUGGUAUUUUUGAGGGUUCAAAACUUUAUCAACAUGAUUGAGGCCACCUUUGAACCGAUAAAGCAGUGCAUUUUCCUUUACGACGACCAGGUCAUUUGGAGUGGAAUCAACCCGACGGAUUUGUACACAAUCAUUGAAUACCUCAACGGUCCAAUGUUUCAGACGUCCUCCCCAGGCCAGGAACAAUCCCGAAAAGUCUACAUUCAAGAACAGGCCACCGGCCAGGACAAAGUGUACAACUUCAUGGUCUGUCGAAAGGUCCAAAACGUCACCCUCUGCCUCUUCCUGGACCAAGUUGAAAACGAACAAGCCCUGUACGACGAACUCAACGCCGUAAUAAACCCCCAACUGAGCAGCAUUAGCGUCAGCCUCGGUCAACUACCGGAAGCAACGCCCACCGCCAAAGAGGAUCCCACCGCGCCGAAAUUCAUCUACUUCAACGAACUAAACCUGCACUACCGGGGUUCGAUCCGGCUCGGGGUGCAAAAGCGAAACAGUCCGCCGGCGACGACCAUCCCGAACGACGUGAUGAACCUGAUCGUGGACCUGCUGGACGACGGUCGUCGGCCCGAACGGAGGGGCGCCGCGGAGGAAACGAUUCUCAAAACGCACGACGAUUUCUGGAUCGUGAAGCGGAGCUGCAACGCGCGGCACGUGUUUGUGGUGCUGAACAAAAGCUCCACGCUGAUCGACGUGAGCGAGGAAACGAAGAGGAUUUUGGACCAGAACAUGAAGGGGGUGUUUUUCUGAGGGAUGGGAGUUUGCUGAAAGAACUGUGUUUAAUAUUUUAGAUUUAUUAUUUUUUGGUCUGAAUGCGCUUCAGAGACUAUAUUGUGACUAUUUCUGUUUCCAAAUGUUAGCAUUGAUCUAUACUAAUAAAAUAUUUAUAUUCGAUAUCAACGUCA